CCUUCUACUCUGGGGUACUUGUUCAAGCUCUCUGCACUGGAUAUUUCUCAGAACAAAAUUGCUGGGGUAAUUCCUGCUGAGAUUUGUAACGUGACUAGCUUAACCUUAUUAGAUUUAUCAAGGAACCGCCUUACAGGAUCAAUCCCCUCCGCAAUAGGGAAGCUCGAUACACUCACUUCAUUGUUCUUGUAUGGCAACUUCCUCACAGGCCCCAUUCCAUCUUCUGUGGGAAACAUGGCAGAGCUCACUAUGAUUGGAUUAUUCCAAAACCGGCUCUGGGGAUCGAUACCAUCGGAGAUAGGGAAGCUUAAGAGGCUCACUAAUUUGUACCUCUUCAGCAACUUCCUCUCGGGGUCGAUUCCUUCAUCCAUAGGAGAUCUGCAUAGUCUUGAGGAUCUGAACUUCUCGAGCAACAACCUCACAGGUGGGAUCCCGCCAGAGGUAGGAAACUUAACUAACCUGACCAUUAUGUCAUUGCAUCAGAAUUCUCUCGUAGGUCCUAUCCCGGCUAGCAUUGGCAACCUGCACAAACUUCAGUUUCUGGCCCUUUCUUCCAAUCAACUUUCUGGUCCCAUCCCUCAUGAGAUAGGAAGCAUGAGGAACCUCUCUGUUCUAUCACUCUUUACCAACAGUUUCUCAGGCCCAAUUCCUCCCGUGAUCACCAGCCUAACCGAACUCACGGUCUUGCUCCUCCAAGGGAACAAGCUUACUGGCUCAAUCCCUUCAGAGAUAGGGAGGCUUGUGAACCUCAAUAGACUCCUUCUUUCUUACAAUCAAUUUAGUGGCGUGAUCCCAUCAAGUCUCUGGAGCCUGACACAACUCAAUGAUUUGCAGAUCGAUGGAAACAUGUUUUCUGGUCCCAUUUCACCAAUGAUAGCAGACUUGAGAAACCUGAACAUUCUGAAUAUGGGUGAGAAUGACUUCUCGGGCCCCAUUCCAUCGAGCAUCGGAAACCUGACUGAGCUGCAAGUCUUAGGCCUCUAUACCAACCAACUUUCAGGUCCCAUACCACACCAGCUGGGGAGAUUAGCCAAUUUGACAAUAAUAAAUAUCGGAGGAAAUUAUCUGACUGGAGAAAUACCUCCAUCACUAGCGAACCUCACCAAGCUUACUGUUCUUGGACUGUGGAGGAAUAGACUAGUUGGUCGGAUUCCUGCUGAGCUUGCCAGUAUGGUUAACUUACAAAUGCUAAGCUUGUAUUCGAACACCCUCUUCGGAAUAAUCCCCAAGUCGUUAGGAAACCUGACAAAUCUUCAGCUCCUUGAUCUCAGCCAAAACAGAAUUUCAGGGCCAAUUCCACCCGAGUUGGGGAAUUUGGUGAACCUGAGAAAUCUUACCCUCGCCAUGAAUGAUCUCAGUGGACCGAUUCCUCCCACUUUGGGAAAAUUACAUAUGCUGGUGGACCUUACUCUUUUCGACAAUCAUCUCUCUGGAUUUGUCCCCACACAGAUAGAGGAUUUGACAAGUCUAGUCGUGCUUCAGCUAGCAAAUAAUAGCUUGUCCGGAUCAAUCCCAUCACAAAUUUGCAAAGGGGGGACACUUGCUUUCUUCAGUGCCUACGGGAACCGUUUCACUGGGACCAUACCAGAAGGCCUGAAAAACUGUCCAAGUUUAUACUCGGCAGCAUUACAAAAUAACCAACUGAUUGGGAACAUAUCAGACGCCUUUGGACUGACUCCAAAUCUGCAGUAUUUGUACCUAAAUCGAAACAAGUUCUCUGGAGAACUCUCGCCGAAUUGGAGAGAAUGCUGCACCAAACUGAUUUACCUGGACCUUAGCCACAAUCAAAUAAGUGGCCGAAUUCCAUCAUCCAUCAGUGCUGCAGAGAAUCUGCAGGACCUAAGACUAUCCGUCACUUUUUUGACUGGCGAAAUUCCAGCAGAGAUUGGCGAGCUGAGGAAUCUUUUCAAGUUGAAUCUAAGUCACAAUCAGUUGUCUGGUUCACUACCACAAGAAUUUGGAAAGUUGGUCGAACUACAGUCACUUGAUCUGUCAAACAAUAAUCUUAGUGGGAAGCUACCAAAACAACUUGGGGACUGCACGAACUUGCAGUUCUUGAAGCUGAGCAACAACUAUUUCAAUGGAAGCAUCCCUCCUCAGAUUGGGAAUCUGGUUUUACUGCAGAGUUUGCUGGAUCUCAGCUGGAACUUUCUCACAGGCCCCAUACCACCCGAACUUGGAAAGCUGACAUCCUUGGAAAAUCUCAAUCUCUCCCACAACAAACUCUUCGGACAAAUUCCUUCUUCUUUGGAAGGAAUGGUGAGCCUAACUAGUGUCAAUUUAUCGUACAACAAUCUUGCGGGUCCGCUGCCAAAUAGUAAAGCCUUUAACGAAGCUCCAUGGGAUGCGUUUGUGGGGAACAUUGGCUUAUGUGGUAGUAAGCAGGGCUUGCGUCCUUGCAAUUCCACAACCAGACACAGGGGCAGUCACCAAAAAGUGAUCAUACUAAGUGUAGCUUUAUCUGGAGGGCUAUUAAUCUUUGCCAUCCUCAUAGUAAGCAUCACUGCCUACCAAAAAUUGGAGAAAGGUGAUAGACAAAUUUCAAUCAUAGAGGCAUCGCAGCAUGGAAAUUUGUUUUCCAUAUGGAACUUUGACGGAAAGCUCGUCUAUGAAGAUAUCAUUGAAGCAACAGAAAAUUUUGAUGACAAAUACUGCAUUGGCAGAGGUGGAUAUGGCAGUGUUUAUAGAGCAGAGCUGCCAACAGGACAAACUGUGGCUGUUAAGAAACUAAUCCAAUCAGAAGAAGAUGCACUAGUUGAUCGUCGAACCUUCAUCAACGAAAUCAGCACUCUGACAGAAAUACGCCACCGUAACAUUGUCAAGCUUUAUGGAUUCUGUUCACACUCGCAAUGCAUGUUCUUGGUAUAUGAAUACAUGGACAAAGGAAGCUUGGCAGACAUGCUGAAGAGUCAUGAAGGGGCUGUAGAACUGCACUGGGCAAGAAGGGUGAACAUCAUUUCAGGCGUUGCCCGUGCUUUGGCCUACAUGCAUCAUGGCCGCGAAUCACCUAUUGUUCAUCGUGACAUCUCUAGCAAUAAUGUUCUGCUUGAUUCAAAUUUUGAAGCUUGUCUCUCCGACUUCGGCACCGCAAGGUUGUUGCAGCCAAACUCAUCCAACAGGACUAUGCCUGCAGGAACUUAUGGCUACAUAGCACCAGAGCUAGCCUAUAUCAUGCAAGUGACGGAGAAAUGCGACGUAUACAGCUUCGGCGUACUUGCUUUGGAAGUCGUAAAGGGAACCCAUCCGGGAGAACUCUUAUCAUCCUUAUCGACCCAGCGAGGAUCAUCUUUAUUGCUGAAAGACAUGCUUGAUCGCCGUCUUCCGGUUCCAGAAAACAGCAAUGCAAUAGAUAUUGUCUCAGUCGUGAGAUGUGCACUCCUCUGUAUAUGCUCCGACCCGAAGAUGAGACCCACAAUGGAGGAUGUAAGCCAUUGGUUAUCUAUUAGGCGUUUAUCUCCCGUCCAGAAGAAUUUUGACACGAUUUCCUUUGGUUCUCUUACCAAUCUUGUGAAGGAGGAAAUUUGAUCAACAAGAUUGGGACUGAUGAAGGAAUUAGUGUGGCUUUCCUGCUCUGUGAACAUGAUUGAUUUGACCGAGAAAUGUUUUCUGCUGUCAUAACCCGAUGACGGAGCCAACCAUUCCCAUGCUUUAGUGAUUGUGGCGCAAAAGUUGAUGAAAAGGUUGCUCAUGUUCGACUUCAAUCCCAGCAUCAUUUUCUGUUAUCAACGUCAAGACCGCGCUACUCUUGGAAGGAAUUGACGCCAAGAAGAUGGGUUGGGUUCAAUUGAUCUUGCAGUUUUGGUCCACCAUUUUUUUUUUCUAUCAAGCCAAUCGUGAUUAAGAUGGAAAGAUCUUGCAUACUGCUAGGAGCCAGACAUGUUUGGUUGAUCUUUUCAGUAUAAAAAGCUGGAUUUCUA